CGCGCGCGCAACACGGCGCAGCACCGCACCAACGACAUCGAGCUGGCCACCGAGAUUGGCCAGAGCCUCCUCGUCGAGGUGAGGCGCCUCCAGGCGCUCCUCCAGGAGAAGGACGAGCACGUUCGCGCCGUCGAGCGCGAGCGCGACGGCAUGGCGCACGAGGCCGAGCAGGCCAUGGCGCAGAAGAAGCAGGUCGAGGAGGCGUCCGAGCGCUUCAAGGAGGUCAACUGGGAGCUCGAGCUCGCGUCGCAGGACUUGCGCACGGCCCUCUCGACGGCCCAGUCGUCGCUCCAGAAGGCCGAGGUCGAGCGCGCCCGUCACGCCAAGGACCUCGCCUCGACGCGCGACGCCCUCGACCUGCAGCGCCUCGAGUCGGAGCGCGUCGCCAAGGAGCUCGAGAACCUCAAGAGCAAGCACGAGACCGACAUG